AUGAACUUCACGCACGGAGAUAUGCAUGGGGAGCGGCAGGCCAGGGCGCUCAGCUGGUGCCCUCUUGAGACCAGGCCUGCAUCGGAUCCUGCGUUCGUCGUGCCCGCGUUGGCCUCUACGCACAGUCAUCUUCUCAUCAGCUCGCCCGCACUGGCACCACACGGUCUGGUGUUAGCGUCGACGCCAGACGUCCGAGCUCAUUGUAGAUCUGUCUUGCAGGCAGGGCAUUGGAGCCGAUGCACGGUGGAGGAUUGCAUCAGGAUAUCGCAUCCCAUGGAGGUCGACGGCGAGCCAUUGACAGAGUGCUCACUGGUUGCCGUCUCGGAGAUCGGGCACUGGAAGGGAGAGCCCGUUCACUGGGAUCAAGUGGAGCUGCGUCCCGCAUCAGUGAGCACCGAAGUCAUCACUCGAGUGCAUAAAGUGAGUGCUCAACAGUGGGAGGUCAGACGCGCCAUGUUCUGGUCGAAGCUAGCGCUGCUUGCAGAGGAAUCUUUUCCUCCCCGCGUGGACCGAUAA